AUGCACGACAACCUCACGAAAGUCAUUUGCGCGCAAGGCGCCACGAUCACAACGACCAAGAAAACACUUCAACGCGCGCCAAACUCGCUUCUCGCCACCUCUCCAGAAGCAACAGCCGAUUCUGAUGAAUCCAUCAUUCGAAUUCUAAUUGAAGCGCUUCGCCGCGAGGAUUUCAGCAUUAUCGUUUCUGAAUCCUUCGAUCAAUGGGCGAGACUUUCCGUUGAGGCUAAACGUCUCGGCCUUGUCUCAAUCGUCGAAUCCGCAUGCCCAUCAACAAUCAGCAUAUCAUGCCAUUCAGCACUAUCAACCGGAAGAAUCAAUCCCGAGGUCACGUUUCGCAAGGUUCUCCGAAUCGUCGUCGCUGGAAAAGUGAUCAUGUGUCGCGCCGUGUUCGGCGAUUCUCUCAACGAGUGCCGCGAUAGCGGCGGCACCGAUUUCGAGCACGACCGAUACACGUCAAGAUUCUUCUUGAAGCAUAGCAAUUUGGAAAAGGCGUUCGAUCAAUUAGCCUCGGCCGGCUAUCGUCUCAUUCAUUCCAACACGUUCGCGCCAUCACAAAUGCCAACGCAUUUGAGCAAAGACGACUCGCAAUUCGUGCACCAUUCGCAAUAUCUCUUCCAUCGUCAACCAAAGUCUCAAGGCUUGGGAAAAAUUCACCCAAAAAACAAGCAAAUAUUUGGUUCGGAGCUCGAGUAG